GGUAACUCACUUCCUGUGCCUCUGCAGCUUCUUAUGCUUGCUUCUUGUUUAUGUCAGUUUCUGCUAAGGCUGUUGUUCUCACAGAUAUGGAUUUUUUUAUGACAAAGCAAGCUUAUAAACAUUUGAUCCUUUUAUGCAUGAUACAAGCAACAUGUGGAGUUCUUAUAAAUUACAAUGCUCUUGAAACUGCUGUGGAGGGACAGAACAUCAGCCUGCAAUGCAUUGUGGGAAAGGAGCAUGACAUCACAAUUAUCCAGCUGGAAUGGUUUAAACGGCAAAAAGGAAAUGAGAAAAACGAUCAUAAGAUUGUUGUGUUCCAUCCUGGGUUCCCAACACAUUACUUUCAGUCCGGUCCUCUCCUGGAGAUAGUGCCCAGGUCAGAAUCCAGGAAGCUGCGGGGCUCGAUCCUGACUCUGCAUAAAGUCAGACUGAAUGACAGUGGAAACUACAUUUGUGAAAUCACUUCAUAUCCCAAUGGCUUGAUUAAAAGAAUCAUAAACCUGCAAGUUACAGAGCCUCCAGCAUCAGUGAAGAUGUCAUAUCCAUACGGAUUCAUAAAAGAAGGAGAUGAAGUGAAAAUAACUUGUUCAGCGAGCCCUCCUCUGUUACAUUAUAAACUUAGAAGGUUGAAGGACAAGAUAUUUUGGCUGGAAAGCUCAAACGGAGAGUUCGUUUUACCAAACGUCACUAGAAAGGACAGCGACGUGUACAUCUGUUUACCUGAAUGGGACUCGGUAGUCCGAAAUCAGCAAGGUCUCAAUGCCACGGUGGAACUGACUGUGAACUUUCUUGAUGGCAUUGAGUGUAACACAAGCAGCCCUUUAAACACCAGCGUUGGUGAAGAUGUGACGGUUUCGUGUAUCGCACAAGCAUCUCAAGACUUGCAGUAUAAAUGGAUGAGGGGGGACACAACGCUGUCUCUCUCAGACACUUUGUCUCUGACCUCUGUAACAUCUGACCAGUCAGGAACAUACAAACUGACAGCUGUCUUUCUGGACAAUCAACUGCAGAGAGACAUGGAGUUUACUAUCCGUGUCCUCUCAAAGCAGAGUAAAGCCUCAGUAAACUCAGCAUACAUCGCUGUCCCGAUCGUGUUGCUGUUGCUCGCGUUGAUCGUGCUUUUAUGCAGAAAACACCAGAACCAAAAAAAAAAUGGAUAUGCCACCUCCAUUCAAACCUCCUCCUCCCCCGGUGAAAUACACAUCAGUGAGGAACCGUGAUGUGCCUAUGACUGAUAUUCUGGUGUGAAUGCAUCAUAAACCGUGGGCCAUAAACAUGCUGACAGGAAGAUUUCUUCCUAAAGGUCUCGCCCAAAAGUGAAAAUCGUUUCGUCAAUUGCUCAUCCUCAUGAAGUUGUGAUCAGUUUCGAAACACAAAUGAGGACAUUUCUAAUGAACCCGGAGACAUUUUUGUCCUUCCAUUGAAAGUCAGUACUUUGACGCUUCCAAAAGUUCAUGAAGGUAUAAUGAAUCAUUCAGUUUAAUUAAAAUAAAUGUUAAUUUAAGUUUUUAUAUUCACAUAUAAACAUUGAUUCGUACAUAGAUUACAUGAAAUAUUUAGUAUAACAUGUUUUUAAUUUGUAUUUUUGUUUGAAUUCACUUUUUUAUUUACUAUUUUAAAAACUUUUUAUGUGUUUUUUAAAAGUACUUUUUACUUAUUGUCUCUGUAUGAAUGAAUGGCUUGUCCAUCUAAUUUUUGUUAAGUUUGGUUAGCUAUGUUUUACAGACAUUAAACACAUUAUUAAAUAUCUGCGAGG